ACAAGUGGAUUUAAUACUAUUCAAGAAAAAGUCUGGAUUUUUGCUUGUUUUCUUGUGCUGACUGAGAUAUGAAAGAAACCUCAAAUAUGUGUGUAUAAUUGCAUCGCAUUUGAACUGUAAACUAGAAUUCCCAGUGUUUGUUUGAGUAAAGUUGCAGUCUUGAUGCUUGAGAACGAUGUUUGUGGGAAGAAGUUUGUGGGCUGUAGCGGUUUUCUGUUGCUGGUUUUCGAGGUUGUCGGAGUCGCAGAGGGUGCCUCAGGUUGAAGUUGAUGUCUUCAAAGAGAUAGCCAACGAGUUUGGCGCAUUGCAUUGGUCAUUCAAUGCCGAGUUAUGUGAAAUGGAGAUGGGUGGGAUGACACAAACUCCUCCACCGAACUCUGAUGGUUAUGUCGGAUGCAAUUGCAAUUUCAACAACACCACCAUCUGCCAUGUUACUACGCUUGUGAUUAAGAGUUACGAUCUUCCUGGAGUUCUCCCGUUGACAAUUGUAAAGCUUCAGUACCUCGAGCAUGUUGAUUUUGCAUAUAAUCUCCUAACUGGUACGAUCCCGGAAGAGUGGGCUUCAAUGCAACUUAAUUUUAUCUCUGUGCUUGUAAACCGUUUAUCUGGACAAAUACCGAACUAUCUGGCAAACUUUACUAGCCUUACAUACCUGAACCUCGAGGCAAACCAAUUCUCGGGGGCUAUUCCUCCUGAUAUUGGAAGGAUGACAAAUUCAACGAGCCUGUUCUUGUCCUCCAACCGGCUGAUGGGGGAGCUACCGAAUUCACUUGCAAAUUUAAUAAACCUAAAAGAUUUUCGGAUAAACGACAACAACCUAAGUGGACCAAUACCCGACUUCAUUAAAAACUGGAGGCAACUUAUAACUUUAGAAAUGUUUGCUAGCGGACUAGAGGGCCCCAUUCCCUUGAACAUAUCUCUUCUCGAUAUGUUAGAAACUCUGAGGAUUAGCGAUCUUGAAGGGCCAUCCCAGGGGUUUCCGUUGCUGAGGAGCACUACAGGCCUAACAUCGCUGAUAUUGAGAAACUGCAAAAUUACUGGCGAAAUUCCUGCGUAUGUAUGGAAGCUUAGACUUCUGGAGAUGUUGGCCUUCUUUUUACUGAUAGAUGUUCCGUUGCAGGGUCAACUGCCCGAUGGCACUGUCAUUGCUGUGAAGCAACUCUCGUCUAAAUCAAGACAAGGGAAUCGCGAGUUUUUGAAUGAAAUUGGCAUGAUUUCGUGUUUACAGCACCCAAAUCUUGUGAAGCUAUAUGGAUGCUGCAUUGAAGGCGAUCAGUUGAUGGUGGUAUACGAGUACAUGGAAAACAAUAGCCUUGCACACGUCUUGUUCGAAUCAAACGGGAGAAGCCAAAUGAUGCUAAACUGGCCAACGAGGUUCAAGAUCUGCGUUGGAAUUGCGAAAGGGUUAGCUUUUCUCCAUGACGAAUCAAGGCUGAAAAUUUUGCAUCGAGACAUCAAAGCUACGAACGUGCUGCUGGAUAGCGAUCUGAAUCCUAAAAUAUCCGAUUUUGGACUGGCUCAUCUCAAUGAAGACGAGAAGACACACAUUAGCACAAAAGUUGCUGGAACAAUCGGAUACAUGGCGCCCGAAUAUGCACUGUGGGGUUAUCUGACCGACAAAGCAGACGUCUACAGCUUCGGAGUCGUGCUUUUAGAGAUAGUCAGUGGAAAAAGCAACAAAAACUACAUGCCCAGUCACAAUUUCAUAUGCCUUCUUGAUUGGGCGAGCCACUUGAACGAGAGCAAGAACAUCGAUGACCUCAUUGAUCCGAGGCUUAAUGAUGCUGGUGGUGCCAACAGAGAGGAGAUGGGAGUGGUGAUGAUGGCUCUGCUGUGCACGAAUGCAACUCCAUCCGUGAGGCCAACGAUGUCAGAGGCCGUUGAGAUGCUUGAGGGAAAAAUGGACAUUCCCGUUGUAACGCCCGAGGGGAGCACGUACACUAACGACGUGAGAUUCAAAGCUACGAAGGACUUUAAGCAGGAGAGGCGGAGCUCGAGCAGUGCUACGAGGGGCGAGUCGCAGAUUUCGACUACAAUACCAACAUACUCUUCAUCCACCUCUGGUUUUAAUGAAAUCAGUGAAGAUAGUAUACCCUUUUGAUGAAUGAUUUCUACUUUCUUGCCGUGUUAUUAGAUAUGAUGUAAGUUUGUAUAGUAUAGUAAUUACUUUUUUUUUGGCGGGAGAGGUUAUUUAUUUGUACCCUUUUGUACAAAUUAUUGCACAUAUAUUCCAGUCACUUCAAUUUUGUUUGGAUUUGAUAA